AGUCCAAAAUGAUAUCUUUUAAGGACGUAAGGCGUGGAGGCAAAAAGUAUCUCUCCAUAUCAACGAGCAAGAAGAAUGACGAAGAGAUUCUUUUGGAGAUGCACAAGCCAUUUGCUCGCGAGUUUUGGGGUCCAACGGUUGUGUCCUAUCGAGUUACAAACUGGACUCCUGAGUGCGAGUAUCAAGCUCAGACAAUGCGGACUUUAGUAUUUGGCUUUACUCACAUGUCCUCUUCUGAGAUCCUUCCUUCUUUGGGUAGACGUAUCCUUGAUGAAAACGCCCCUUUGACAAAGACCUUAUCAUUUGGUGGUGAAUUUAGAUUCAUCACAGGUUAUCGGGACUGGGCCGAAGAUAUUUUGGGCAUGAGUAAAAGCGUUCUGGAGGAAGGGCUUAUUUACGAUGUUGUUUAUGCCUCAUUAUUCACGUAUGACCGAUGUACUAAUGCUAUUCAAGCAUUUUGUGAGGCAUGGUGUCCCACGACGAAUACUUUGCUUACGUCAAUUGGGGAAUUGAUGAUCACACUUUGGGACUUGCACGUUAUCGGAGGAUUGCCUAUCAUCGGAGACGCAUAUGAUGAAUCUAUUCCGGGCACUUCUGAGUUGUUAAAUACGAGCGCUGACCGUUUAUUUCAUCUCUGCAAAUAUUUGUUUCACGCAUAUCAUCAUCUCUUUCCCAAAGCCGGAGAUAAGCGUGUUUUGCGUGUUCAUGCGUGGGUCAAAUUCUGGUUCAGAAAGGCCUCCAAGUAUACUAUGCCUCCAGUGAGAACAGAAAAGAAGCGAACAUCUCGUGCCAAGGCGACCCAUAAUCCGAGCGGAGCUAUUCCAAAAUUUGGAGGAUGGUCGAAUUCUAUGAGGGUACCAUUCCACGUGCUCAAGGUUCCUGCUGAAUAUGAGGAAGAGGUAUAUUUAGCGGCAUUUUUAUCGUGUUGGCUUUGCGCAUUUGUAUUGCCGCAUGAAGGUCCUAGAGUUAUCCGCCCAGAAACAUUCAGAGUUGCGUGUAUGUUGGCUCGAGGGAAACGUGUAUGCCUUGCGGUCCCGGUUCUUGCAAGUGUCUAUCAUGGGCUUAAUCGGAUCUCGAAUGCUCCAGCUCCUGAUCAAGUUAGAACGUGUUUUCCCAUUCACUACGUUUAUGGAUGGUUGGCAUCAUACUUUGAUACACAUUUUAAGAAUGAGAUCCAGUCCACGACGCCAUUAAUGAUUUCUUAUUCAGGAGAAGGUGGAGCGAGAUCCCUCGAGAAGAGAAGUGUGCGCAAACGAAUUUUCCAGGGAGAUGUAUCAGCAUGGGUGUGUUCUACACAUCGUAGAAUCAAAGAAUAUUCAUUCUUCGAUGGUAAAAAUCCUCCAGAGGCUGAGUUGGCGCUUUUUAGGAGUCUUCGGUCGAAUUAUCUUGUAUUACGCUAUCGGGAUCAUUGCAUUGCUGAGCCUUACACUCCUCACCGCUUUAGUCGCCAAUUUGGGUAUUUUCAGGCUUAUGCUUCUGGCUUUCUUGAGAUGCGUAAUCGGAGUGUCACACUUGCUGCUGGCUUUCAGCUUUGGCUACAGUUUGAGCACGGCAUGUCACAAGCUGAAGCUGUAUUUCCGACUCCUCCUACUAUUCCAGCGAAGUAUUUCUCCUUGGAGUAUAAAGAGUGGUGGAGCCAAAUUCAUGGUAACUACCUCGAGAAUCAUGUGGGUGACUUGAUUAGGAUUUGUGAUCUUGCAGUUGAUGAUGUGAUCACCCCUUCAGAUCCCGUGACUCUGGUCUCCAAGAAGAAACGGGCACCUGAUACUGAGGCCAAGUCUUUGCCCCAGAAAAAGGCUAUGCUUGCAGCACCUAGGGCUGAAGUUUUGAUCGAGGAUGCUGAGAAAGAGAUGUCUCCUGCCAAGGUGAGUGAGAGUCAAGUUCUUGAAAAGCAGAGUAGUGAUGAGAAGAACUGGAAACAUCUUAGAAAACCUCGUCUUGGACCACUGAAGAUUCAUGCAGUCCUUGAUGAUGCUAGUUCUUCGAAUCAUGUUUCUUCAUCUAGCUCAAGUGAAGGAGAAAGCGCAGAUCAUGACACCGUCGCUGGAUUGAUAGCAGAAACCGGCCCAAGUCAUUGUAAACAAGUUCCGACUCAUGAAAUACCCAAAUCUUCUCAUGCGAAACCGGCUGCAUCUGUAUUUCAUGCAUAAGACUACUUCUUUACUUUGUAUAAGCAGUUUGUCAUUAAUACUUGGAGUGGCCUUCAACAAAAGUUAGGACGGGCUACAGCAGAGAACGUCUCAUCUCUUCGGGAGAGUGUUGAGAAUUGUGUUAUCUUGAUGGAGAAGGAGGGCAUUGACCUUUCCAUGUUGAAGACGAGAGUGAAGCAUUUCUUUGACAGGGCACAAGCAUUUGAUCAGACGUGUUCGACUGUUGCUGAUAGGGUUCCUUCUGAGAAACAAUCUCAGGAAUUGGCUAUGUCGCAAGCUUUUUGUGAAGAUAUUGAAGUUAAGAGAUCUCAAAACCAAGUGGCAUUACUUGAUGAUGAGAAGUCUCUUGAUGAAAUCAAGAAGAAGAUAGCCUUGUUGGAAGCUGAAGCUAAGGAAGUAGAAGUUUCGAUCUCCAAGCGUCGUGUAGAGGCUAGUGACUUAGACGCAGCUCUUACGAAGGCUAAGGAGGAAUCUUCACGGAUUUUGAAGACUAUCAAAGCAUCAGAUGAAGAUCAAUUUGCUUUAAGUACUCAGAAGAAGGAGCUAGAGGCC